UGGUUACGGGUAUUUUCAUAGCUUUGUAUUUGUAUUUGGUACAACACUGAUAAGAUUUAAAUACUUUAGUUUAACUUGUUAUACCGAUAAGAAGUUAACUAUUUAUUGACCAUUUCCGCCCUCGAUCAGUUAACUUAAUCCACCGACUUACAAUUUAAGUUUGGAAUUAGAAGAAAAAAUCGAAAAACAGUUGACUAAAAUGUUGACAAAAUUAGCUCUCCUAACUCUGAUAUCUCUGGCAAUUGUCAAUGGAAAAACGACGAAUAGACAACACUGGAAGAAAAUAGGAAAAGAUGUCAAAUGUAAGGAAGGUCUCAACAAUCUGGACUUGGCUUCGGAGCUUCUGGAUUUGCUAAAUAACAAGCAAUGCCCAAUGAUCAAUCUGCAGUGCGUGGCAGCCUACAACAACCCCUAUGUGAAUCUGCCCCUGUUCCAGAUGCAGACCUCAGACCCCCAGGACGCACAGUUCGUAAUUGAGGUAUUGUGCUACAAAGGCCCUGGUCAGUUGAAAAACAGCAAUGGCAACACCAGUUUCCUCGAGUUCGUGGCCGACACUGAGCUGAAGAAGGUCACGGAGACCCAAAUAGACACGUUCACCUUCUACCCCGACUUACAAGAUAUGUCCAAAUACGACAAGGACUUCGUCAUGUACUACAAUGUGGGAGCCAGAGGCCAAACCAGUGUCGGAAUUGUAGCAAUCGCCCUAGCUGUUCCUGUCAUUCUUCAAUAUUUCUUCUGAACUUAUUAAACAGAAUUGAUAUAAAGUGUAGUGCAUCUGACGAGUUUGUAUUAAUAAAUACUAAAAAAUUUUGGUGAAAUGGAAAAUUAUUAAUUUAAAAACUAUGGAAAUUAAAAUAAUUGCUUUUUUUUUCUGAAUAAAAGUCUUUUAAAUCA